AUGGAGAAGCUAGAUUCUCUUGAUCUAUCUCAUAACCGACUCUCGGGCAAGAUACCUGUAAGUUUGACAAAAAUAUACACUCUUGGGGUUUUGGAUUUGUCGAACAACAAGUUGUCUGGAAAAAUUCCGACAAGUACUCAACUUCAGAGCUUCAAUGCAUCGGCUUAUGAUGGGAAUGAUGGACUCUGUGGCAACCCUCUACCGAUGUGCAUUGAAGAUAGCUUGAGGCCUUCCACCACUAAUCCGGUGGAAAACAUGAAUGAGAACGACGUCAGCAUGUUCUCAUUCAUGCAAGAAGUUGGCAUAUCAAUGGGAUUUUGGGGAGUUAUUGGUUCAUUCAUAUUGAAGAAAUCAUGGAGAAUUGCAUUCUUCAACUUGUUUGAUGUUGCUGGAGAUUGGUUCUACGUCAGCAUUGCUGUGUUUGUAUCCAAAUGCAGACGAAGUUGA